CUCAAGAAGGCGAUCAGCCAGCUUCCGAAGUUGACCUCUCUGCGCCUGCCUCGAUUCACCACCCUGACCGACCCGGACCGUCUGCCAUGGCCCCCGAAACUGCAGCGCCUGCAGGUCAGCGGCAAAUUCGCCGACGACAUGCAGUCCUUCCUGUGGCCAGAAAACCUCACGCGCCUGACGCUGAAGAACUGCGCUGACCUGUCCUUCCACGCGAUGCGCCGCCUCGUCGCGAAUCCGCAGCUGGGCCGCUCUCUCCGCCGGCUCACCGUCUCGACGUUCAACCGCGGGCUGCAGACGGAGUCGAUCCAGGUCAUCCUCAGCUACCUCCCGAACCUUGUCUUCCUCAGCGUCCCGGGGGAUCUCGUCUUCGACGACUUUUUCGACACGCUCCGCCGCGGCUACUACCAGCAGCGGGCGCAGCAGCCGCUGGCGCUGGAGGUGCUCGAGCUGUCGUUCUCGCACACGGGCGAUGCCCGCGAGUUCGAGUGGCAGUCGCUGAUCGACACGCUGGACAACGCGCUCGCCAAUCUGCGCGCAGUCGGCGUCCAUGACAUGUUCCUCGGGGAGUUGCUGCCAGAUGAGUUGGACGAUGCGCUGACUGAGCGCGCCGAAAAACGGAAGCUCCCUAUGUCGGAGGAUACGGAGGAAUGGGGAGUCGGGGUUUACUGUAUAGACGACGACUGA